CGAGUGUUUGAGCGUAGAGCUACGGAACUUGCUGAUGCUCUACGCAGUCACUUCAGUGAAGUGAACCUGACCUUGAACCCUGAAAAGCCACGCCGUGGCAGCUUUGAGAUCACCCUGACAACAGAGGAUGGAUCAGAUGUGUUGGUGUGGACCGGCCUCAAGAAGGGACCCCCAAGAAAGCUGAAGUUCCCGGACAGUGAUGCCAUUGCCAAGGAGAUUCAGAAGAACUUGAAGUGAAGUCACAGCUAAGGUGUAUUGGUAACUCUCACUGGUCUGUGCGACUGUCUCGAUGAAAGAGUCUGACGCAAGAUGUACAUCUGUUGGACGCUGGAAGGUUGACAGACGUUAGACCAAUGGGACGAACACCGAUGAAGCUUGCUUUGCAUGUGGACUCCCUGGCCAUGUUGUGCAGGCACCAUGACGUUGUGUGUGGUAUUGGUGUCAUGUGAGGGAUAUGGUGGCAAGUGAAUGUUUUUUGUUUGGUAAUUUUUCAAUAAAAUGUCUCAAACUUCAA